AUGAAAAGUUUUAAUUUAACUGAAGCACGACAAGUACUUUGUCCAAUGGUUGGUUAUCAAAAUGCUCAUUAUUGUCCAGAUGUAAAUGAAACUACUAGUGAAAAAAGUAAAGGACGAAGUACACCUCUUCCACCUCUUUUACUACCACGAGGAGUAGGGAUGACUAUUGACAUAAGUACCGGUAAGAUAACAUUACCUGCUCUUGAAUUAACUUAUACUGAUGGAACUGAGAAGUUAUGGACUGAUUCAUAUUCAAAGCAAUCUUUUAUUGUUCCAAAUGAAGUUCUAUUAACAAAUGUAUCUACAGAUGAAAAUAAACCAAAAGUAAGUAUAUUCAAGACAGAAGUUGAUUUAGUAAAUGUCUGGACUCGAAAUGCUGAUGGCGGAUACUGGACAGGUGGAGAAUUUGGACUUGCAAAAACUGCAUUAAAUGUUUACACUGAUUUUUUUACUGAAAAUCAAGCAACAUCAAUAUCACAAAAUCCAUUUAGUUUAUAUAUAUUGACUAUGAUAUCUGCUAAUUCUCCAUCAUCUUUAGUAUUAAAUAAAUAUGCAAAAGCUGCUAUUGAUGCUCUACCACAAGAUUAUGAUGAAGAAAUCUAUAAAUCAUUUAUGGAUAUAUGGGGAACACAUAUAGCUGUUUCGACUAAAAUUGGUGGCAUGAAAGAACAGCAAGCAACACUAAAAAAUUGUAUUUGGUCAUCACCAUACUUUACUGGUGGUAUAUCAAUAGAUGAAAUUAAAAUAUAUUUAACAGAAGAUCUAUUAUCACAAACACCAUGUGACAGUUAUUAUUCAUCAAGACGAAAAUUAGCUAUUGAUCAUCUUGUUGGAGGUAAUAUUGAAAUUCAGGAUAUAGAAUUAUGGAAACAAACAAUUGCUCUUGAUCCAGCUUUAUUAAAAGUAUUAAAAUAUAUACCAUGGUAUGAUGUUAUCUCAGAUAUAAAUAUUAAAAAAAAUUUACGAAAAGCAAUGACAACACGUAUUAAUGCAUCGAAUAUUGCUCGUAUGUCUGAAGUAGAUCAGAUUACUGCUCAAAGAACAAGUUUAUUGGAAAGAUCGGCACAAUACGGAGUUCGAACUAAUUAUUAUGGUUCUGAUAAACCAGCAUAUGAAAUAGGUGAUAAAAUAACCUUAAGAGAUAUACGUCAAUGUCCAGAUGGAUUAUCAAGAAUAGAUUUAGAGAAAUAUUGUAAUACAGGUAAAAAUGUAACUGCAUGCUCAUUAGCAUAUGCUAAUUUCGAAUGGACGACAACAUGGGAUGUGCCAUUAUGCUAUGAACGAAAUAGAACAACGGGUAGUUUUCGGGCUGUAGCACGUCGUAUUGCCGGCGAAAUAUUAUCUGAAUCAGAAGGAAAAUUUCGUAAUUAUGAUAUUAAUGGUCCAUGGAUUGAGUCUGGUUGUUCAUGGCUGAAAAUACCAUGUAAAGGAGAUGGUCGUGGUAUUACAGAUGCUUUUAUAUGUGCUGGAUGUAUACCAACAACUGACAGAGAAAAAAAAUUUUUUUCCUGCUCAUGUCCAGCAUAUGAAAUGGAUGAGAGAUUGCGGCCUUAUUGCAAAUAA